AACUAGUAUGGAGCAGAUCAGGGACCGUGUUUUCAAGCAUAAAAACUACAACUUUCUGGUCGGUCAUACAACUCCAGAGUACAUAGACUCUCUUGAGAGUUUUGAAAUAAAAGACAGUGAUGUCUUCGUUGUGACUUAUCCAAAGUCAGGUACUGUAUGGGCUCAGCAGAUCAUCAUUUCCAUCCACGAACUGCAUGGGAAUCAGAAUAAAUAUUCAACCAACAUAGAGAGGAUGCCGUGGCUGGAGUACAAGACAGCUGAAUACACUCUUCUUCCCUCUCCACGACUCUUCGCCUCGCAUCUCCCUGAACAUAUCAUGCCUCCAGGAGUGAAGGAGAAGAAGGCAAAAAUCGUGUAUUUGAUGAGGAAUCCAAAGGACAACGUGGUGUCUUUUUAUCACUUCAGCAAAGCCAUGGCAGACCUGGACACUCCCGAGAGCUUUGACCGAGUGGUACAUAACAGGAAACGCUCUACAUACUUGAAAGACUUUGGUGUCAGUGACCUGAAGGUUUCAGUGUGUGGCAACAGCGGUUUCACUUUAGUACCCAUAAUAGACUUCCAUCCAUCUGAACCAAAUGGGUGGGUUGAUCGUGCCUGCAGUCAUGCUAUAGUUUUUGCAUCAUCCUGGUUUGACCACGUCAGGGAGUGGUAUUUAAACAGAGAGCAGUACAACAUCCUCUUCCUGACCUACGAGGAAAUGAUUUUGGACCUGAAAGCAUCAGUGAAGAAGAUCUGCAACUUCUUAGGGAUAAACCUGACUGAAGCCGCCAUCAGUCAACUUGUGGAAAAAGCUACAUUUCAAAACAUGAAGAAUGACACGAAAGCAAAUUAUGAGCAUCUUUCACCAGAGCGCUUCAGUGGGAAAUUCCUGCGCAAAGGUCAGAUUGGAGACUGGAAGAACACACUGACUGUUGCACAGAGUGAAAGAGUGGAUCAAGUCCUUCAGGAGAAACUUGGUGAUUUGCCUUUGAGCUUCAUCUGGGAAUAAGCAGAGCAGCUCUUCAGGGUCUCCCAGGAGUUUUAAAAGCAUUGAUUUCAUUAAUCUGAAAAAAGCAUAAAAAUGUGUUUUUCUGGUAUUAAAACAAAAA